GAGCGUGAGAAGGUAACAGUAAAUGAGGGGGAGGGAGCGCUGUCCAUAAGGGGCCGAGAGUGGGGGUGAAGCACCCACCUCUGCCAGCCAGCGGGAGGCUAUCGCAAGACCUGGACUAGCCGGUGUCACGGGUCACGCAGACGACACCCAAGUUGGACCAAGUUUGCGGAGUGGCUUUAGCUGUGGCGCGGGCUCCUUUUUUCUUCUGCCCCUAAAGUGGUUACGGCACUCUCUGACCUUCACGGGACGGAUGUCAUACUUAAAAGCGAUCUGAAGGACCACCUCCUCCCCAUAUGUGCCUCCCCAAUCCUUGAAAUCCUAGGAAGAGGCCCUCUUGUAGAUGACCCUUUCACCUGGGUUGUGGUGGAAUUUAUUAAGUGUCCCUUAGGAAGAACUGAGAGAUCCAAAUAGUGGCCAUGGCCUCGCGUAUAAGUUUGCGGAUGCAGCUCAUGCGAGAGCAAGUGCAGCAAGAGGAACAACGGGAACGCAUGCAGCAGCAGGCCAUGAUGCAUUACAUGCAGCAGCAGCAGCAGAUGCCAAUGGCUCCAACCCCUGCCAUCAACACACCCAUUAAUUUCCAGUCACCGCCUACUGUGCCGGGUGAAGUCUUAAAGGUUCAGUCCUUCCUGGAGAAUCCCACCACGUACCACCUGCAACGGUCACGCGACAAGAAGGUCCAAGAAUAUCUGUCUGAAACUUACGGGAACAAGUUUGCUCCUCUGCUCAGUGCUCCUUCUCCCAAGCCACCUCCUUCUGCCUCACCUGGUGUGAGACCAAGCCACGUCAUGUCCUCUUCUGCAGGCAACAGCACCCCCAGCAGUCCCAUGGCAAUGCUCAACAUUAGUUCCAACCCUGAAAGGGAGAUAGAUGACGUUAUUGAAGACAUCAUGCAGCUGACAACUACAGUGGGAUGUAUUAACCCAGAAAUUCAUAUGCCCAAUACUCUGCCACUGUCCAGCAGCCACAUAAACGUGUAUAGCAGUGACCUUCAGAUGACGCCCUCUGUGGUGGGCAUCACCAGCAGCUCCUGCCCUGCGGAACUCACACAGAAGCGAGAGCUCACAGAUGCUGAGAGCCGUGCUUUGGCUAAGGAAAGGCAGAAGAAAGACAAUCACAAUUUGAUUGAAAGAAGACGAAGGUUCAACAUCAACGAUCGCAUUAAGGAACUAGGAAUGCUGAUCCCUAAAGCUGGAGACCUGGAUGUGCGCUGGAACAAAGGGACAAUUCUGAAAGCCUCUGUCGAUUACAUCAGAAGGAUGCAGAAGGACUUGCAGAGAUCACGAGAUCUUGAGAAUCAUUCUCGGCGCCUGGAAAUGGCAAACAAGCAGCUCUGGCUGCGUAUACAGGAGCUGGAGAUGCAGGCUCGAGUCCAUGGGCUACCAACUACUUCACCUUCUGGCACGAGCAUGGCUGACCUAGCUCAGCAGGCUGUGAAGCAGGAAACCUCUGGAGAGGAGGGGACAACUGAGAUCCAGCAGCAGGCUCAGCCCCAUCCAGAACAGGAAACUCAGCACCAGCCUCACUUUGCUCCUCCACAGUCUCCUUACCAUCAGCUGGACUUUACUCACAACCUGAGCUUUGAUGACAACUCCAGUGGCUUCCAUGACCCUCUGGACGCCAGCCAAAAUGUCUCCUUUCCUUCUUUAUCCAAGAAAGAGCUAGACUUGAUGCUAAUGGAGGACACCAUGCUUCCCAUGGCUUCUGAUCCCUUGUUCUCUGCUGUAUCCCCAGAAGCUUCAAAGGCUAGCAGUCGCAGAAGCAGCUUCAGCAUGGAGGAAACAGACAUGCUGUGAUCAGAAGCCUCCAAGGGAAAAAGGACUGGGAGACUUGUUUGUUUGUGAAGAUGUGUCCCUCUACCCUAUCCCUGCAGACUUAAUCAAGGAUAUGUGAGACUAAAGAAAAAUGCAACCUGGACUGGAGACAUUUUGUGUGCAGAUGGGAUGGGGGAUCUUCAGCACAAAGUUCACUCCAGAUCUUGGAAUGCUAACCCCAAGCUUCUCUUCUGCCCUGGUGUGCCAAAAUCCGAGCAGCCUUGCUACACCCUUUCAGCUUUUCUGAUUCCUGCAGUGUAACUCAGGUGCCCUGUGCCUUCAUACCACUUGUCCUGCCAAGCCACUUCAAGCAUUUUUGCAACAAUGUGAUUUCGAUGUUGAUUGCCAGGCAGCAGUUUGUCACGUUUGACAAGCAGCUGUAACCAAGGCUUGGGUUCAAGGCUUGGUUAGCACAAACCAGUGAGUCCCUUAAGCCUCACUGGGCCCCCACCCCUUUAACUAGUACCACCAACCUGAUGGGAGUACUGGCCUGCUUCAGGUGCACUCCUGUGUUGGGGUUACCGUCAUUCUACAGAGCAGGGAUAUUUGGUGCACUCUGCAAGAGGGAGAGUGUGGUGCUACUGCCUAAACAUGUAUGAUGGUGGGUGGUGAUUUUGUAUCAGUCCUUUGGGGAGAUAGAGGAAUAGUAUUAUCACUCUGACAGAACUUUUCUAAAGUUAGAAGCCCGGCUGAGGUACAGCUGGCUUAAUUAACUUUUUGCAGCUUUCAGAAUGCACACUCCACUAAGUCUUGAUGCAGACAUCUAGUCUGAGUCUCCAAAGCUCAGGGUGUAGAAAUCUAAUUUUAGUUUAGACCCUUUCUCUGUUUUCACACAUUGUUUCAGCUACAAUCCUUGAAAUCCAGAAGUGCAUACAGGGGGAAAAUUAUGUGCAGAACUGGAGAGAUGUCAAAGAUUUUUACUAAAUCCAGUCACCCAGGAAAAUAAGCAAAUUGCUUUGCCAUUUAAAAGCAUGAUUGGCUUUAGUUUAAAAUAUUGCUAAAUUUCUCCAGCUAUACAUGUGUUUCUUCCUCACCCAUGUGUACAGCUGUUUGGGCAUGCUGUCUUUAUCCACCUGAAGUUUCCAUAUAAAAUGCUGAGACUAUAGCCUGUCAGUCUAGCCAAGAGCCAUCUUUCCGUCAGCUGAUUCUGUUGCUCCCCUUGUGCUGAAUAUUAUAGCAGUAGCUUUGCCACAAAGACAUAUAUAUUUUUAGAACCAUACCAGUUCCAUCUUUUCCCCCAAGUUCCCCUUGCUCCUGAACUCUCCUUUGCACUGUUUUUUUAAACUUGUGCAGCUAAUCUAAUGCAAACUCUGGUGUGAUUCUGUGGAUAGCUUCAUAAAUACAGUUGCAUAUGUCAAAUAUCUGGCAUAUGAUGCUCUCCAAUUAGAUGUACAAGUAUUUUCAAUAAUUUGAAAGCAACUUACCAGGAGUGAAAAGCAGCCACUUCUCUGUGGCUUGCCAUGUCCUAGUGAUUGCCAUAAAUCGGUGUGUUUGCACAUGUGCUUGCAUCUGAUGAGGAAUGCCUUGCAUACUUAAUUCUUCUGCCCGUACACAUCUUAUCCUGAACUUUCAUUAUACUGUUCAGAUGAUACCCUGCAAAGGUGACCCUCUUAUUUUCAUAUUGCUCAAAAAAGAGAAAUUCUAUCAGUUCCGAAAGCAUGUGCCAGUCUUGGUUUACUUCACAGCCCUACUUUGACUGUUUUGUUAUCUCCUAAAAUCGAUAAGAUCACUAAAUCAUUCUUUUUCGAGUCUAAGCUCCCUACAUUUCUACCAUAUAUUCUUGGGUUGUUUGAAAAUGACUGGAUUUUAUGUCUGCCAUUAGGGAUGCCAGAGAAAUCUGCAAUGGGUUCAAAUGAGUUCAGAUUUCUAAGAAUUCAAGCCAUGGAGUCCACAGUGGAGUGGCUUUUUCUGAGUUGCAUGAACUUGCAGACUGUUCUAUUUUUCACAGUUUUACUCAAAAUAAAAAUAGAAAAUGUGCAUUUUCCACAGAGGCUGAAGCAUGAAAAGUCACAUUUUUCUGUGACCUGGGAUGGGGGAUUCAUUUGCAGGAGUGCAAAUUUGUGAAAAUACGUGCAAACACAUUUGCACAAAAUAUGAUUCUGCAACUGAGUGAAUGAUGGAACAAAAAGUGCCUGACAAUCCACAAAAUGUAGGUGCAACAGAUUUUACAAGGUCUGUACCUUUCUACUUGCCAUAAAUCCUUCAGUUUCUCAGGGCAUUUUGAUCAGGGCUCAAGAACGGCAUGGUGUACUUGCAGUUGCAGUCCCACAGACCUUAGUGCUAUUGUCCUUGAAUUGCCGUCUUUGCAGUUCUUCAGUCUCCUCGGUAGCUCAGGAAAGCUGGAAGAUGUCAGGACCUCCUUGCUUGCCUUGCACUGUGUGUGUUGCAUCUGCUUUUGCCAUCACAUGAAAAACCCCUCUUCUACUAUGACUUGCUUCACACACACAUUGCACAGAGACUUAGUUUGAUGUUUUUGACAAGAGCAAUAUGCUCAGUGCCUGAAUGUAAGUUGUCAAGGAAUAGUUCAUAGAAGGGAUGUAUAUUUUAAUUGUUUAAUCACCUUAGGGUAGAUUGUAGCCCUUUUCUGAGAGAGCACUUAGUGACAUCAAGCCUAUGAAGUGUUGGAUGGACCUUGGCUCCUACUAAGACAGUGUGGGUAACUUGUGGCCCUCCAAAUGGUUUGACCUGCAGCUCUUUUCAGCUGGCAUAGCCAGUGGUGAGGGAUGACAGGAGCUGUAAACCCAAAUGUCUGGAAGGCAGCCAGCUGGGGGGGAAGGGUCUUGAUGGCUAAUUCAGAUUAAUGUUGUUUUAAUCUCAAUUGCUCUGUGAGAGGAUAUUUUUGCUUCUCAGAGGAACAAGUGGAGAGAUCUGGUCAGACGGGGGUGGGGUCAUGUGGUAUUUGUGUAUUUGGGGAAGUGUCAAAUAAUAUUGUUUGGUUUAUUAUAUUAAAUUUGUUAGUCUAUUCUAGUCCUUUUGAACUUGCAGCAUGUAUGCCUUAAAGGCUUUGUUUAGGCUGUGUAGAACCCCUCUCUUCAUUUGGGUCUGUGGAGAAAGAAAAAUAACUUAUCCUGUCAUGAAACAAAAAUUGUUCAUGGGGAUUUUAAUUGCAAAACCAAGAAUGAUCAACCAAAGAACCACGGAUAAGUAUGCUCCUUUUUGGAUAAAACUGUGCCUUCAAUAUCCCAUGACUGUCUGAGUGGUAGCAUUUGAGGAUUUUUCUGCACAGAUAGCCAAAGCAAGUCCUGGCUCACUCUUUAGAUAAUGGUAAUAAUUUAUAUCCCAACUCUUUUUGUCUUGCGAGGAACCUAAAGCAGCUUACAUAGUUCCAUUUUAUCUUCACAACAACCAGCUGAGGUAAGCUGGGCUGAGAGUUGUGACUGGCCCAAAGUCACCCAGUGAGCUUCAUGGCCAAGCGGGGACUAAUGCCCAGAUCAUCCAGGUUCUCUCACCAUCACACUGCACUGGCUGUCCCACACCACACUGGCUCCCCAUCUCUGUGGGUGCACUACCACCACUGUGAUACUCUUACAGCAACCUUUCCAUCCUGUUGCAAUGACGCAAUGUUCUGCUUGCACAUUAGAAAUAAGGAGUGGGGAAUGUCCUGUUACAAGAGAGAGAGCACAGGUUCGGAAUAUUUUGUUUAAAUCCAGCUAUACAAAAUGCUGACAAAAUGUCGGAGUGUAGCCUUUCUGGGAUUUGCCUUAGAAAUGUGUGACUAGAUGAGGACACAUUUGCUGGGUUGGUACAGCUGGGGAGGGUACCGCUUCCAAAGGAUCCUCCUCCUCCUCAGGCUGAAAGUUCACCAGAUGUUACUGACAUGGAGAGAAAGCACGUUAGUCAUUUCAAAUCACACGAUAAACAAAAUCCAGUAAAAGUUUACGACAUGCUUGUAAGUACAUUUCAUGUAGCAUUCGGAGAGCAUGAGGAGAAGAUGACAGUUUUUCUCUGGGGUAGCUGCUGGAUUUCAUUACUAACAGAACUUGGGCAGGAGCAUCUGGUUCCAUCAAAUCGGAGUUCAAUAUUUCAAAUUUGUGGAGGUUGAUGAAGCCAUGUACAAAGCUUUGGACAAAUCUGUUGCAAGUUCAUCCAAGGGAUUUUUUUAGUGUUAUGAAUGCCAUAGCAAUGAACAUUUUAUAUUACUGAGAUAACUGUGUUCUGAAAAUAACGUACUCCUUUUGUGCCAAAGCACCUCCUUUAAACUCAGGCAAUGUCACUGUUUUGCACCACAAGGACCCAUUUAAAAGUCUGACUUGUUUAUUUUCCAGUUCACAUAUAUCUCAUUCUGAGUCAGAAGAACAGAAGACUUAAGGCUAUGAUACUGUUGAUGCUCUGUACCCUUAGAUGAAAUAUGCAUGCAUGUGAAUAUCUGGGGCCUUGGCCAUGCGUGACUGGAUGAGGUGUACCUAGAACUGGGCAUAUCUGGGUCAACAAAUCUUAUAGAAGAAGCACUUUUCCUUUUUCUACAGCAACUAGAACAGUUGCAGGAAUUAAUAUGCUAUCCAAAUGUGGUUGCACUGGUAUCAUGAGCAUAUAUUGGAUGGUGCCUGUGAUAUCAUUGCAACCAGCAAUGCAAAUUUCUUCUCUCCCUAUAUCUAUGCCAUGUUCGGAUAUUUAAAUGCCUAGCUGUUUUAUUUCCAUUUUCUCUUUUUCUUCCAGAGGUCUUGCACAUCCACUGUCUAGCAGUAGAUUGCACAUCUAUUCUACAUCGAUUCCAUUAUUUUAAGCAAGAUACGUUUUCCAUAAUAAAGCUACCUCUGCCCCUUUCCACCAGCUGGGGAUGGGAUAUAGUACUAGUGGUGGUGCACUGAGGCUACUUCGGCCCUUAGAAAAAUAAGUGCAUGUGGAAAGGCACGUGUAGUCAUGUGAACAUGUUACGCCAGCCAAAUCAAAGGUUGGAUUUAGAUUUCACGUGGUAGUGCCCAUUGCAAAAUAGGAAUACUAUAAGGGUCUGUAUGAAUACACACACCGGGAGAAGUAAUCUGUUGAAACCAUAGAAAGUAUUGACCAGAUGAUGCCCUAGCUCUUCAAUGCCAGAAUCUCUGUGUUCCGCGGAUCUUCUGUUGUAACAGAUUUAGGGUGCAAUCCUAUGUGUAUUUAGACAAAAGAGCCCCACAACUCUCAGCAUUCCCCAGCUAGCCAUGAGGAAUACUGGAAGGCAUAGAACUUUUUUGCCUGAAGAUGCUUAGAAGUGCGCCCUUACCUGCUUUGGAAUAUGGCCCAUAAAAGCUCAGCAACCACCGAUUUAUAUGAGGCUUCCAUGGAAGGAUAGUGGGGAUGCUCAAAAUCAAAUGUAGGCCCUCUAAGAUGUGUCUGUGCUCUCUUGAGCUAGAGAGUAUUUUGAAUUCCUGCCAAAUGCCUGGUAGUGUGCAGGUUAAAUCUCUGCAGCAACUUGGAUGCACAAGUUUACUUCUUAUUGAGGUGUUGUGCAUCCUAGGCCUCAUGCACUUAGACCUUCAAGAGAAGUAAAAGUUCCUGUGAUAUUAGAAACCUUGGUGGACAAAAAGAAAGCAGAAAGUUUAGAGUUGGUUGGUGUUUUGCAGUGAUCUAGUGAAAUAGCACAUAAGAGCUCAGUAUGUAUUAAGAGGGUGCUUCUGUUGGUACAAGAAAUAUACUGGAAGAUGGAUGUGUUGUACAAGUUGCUCUAAUAUCUUAAAUACAUUUUAAUGUGAUAGAAGAAGACAGGGGAUAACUUAUGGCAAGGUCAUUUCUCAAUCCAUUGUAGACCUUCAUGUUCAUGAGGUGCUUUUGCAGACACAGAAUGUAGGGAUUACAUGCAUCAUGCAGUGUGCUGACUAUUUUACAAGGUAUGGUAUAGAAACAGGAAGUGAAUGUAAUAUUUGCACCCAAAGCCCAUUUUUUUCCUUAGACUUCUUUUUCUCAGGAUUUAAAACUGUAGUAUAUGUUUGUAGUUCCACCUUAUGAAGAACAGAAGAAUGUAAUAAUCUCCAAAACAAAAAAUAAAGAUUAAAAAAGAAAUGCUGGGUCAACAGGUCUUGCAGUGUAAUCUUGUGCCUGCCUGUUCAGAUGUAAUUUCCCUGAAAUUCAGUAGGCUUUACUGCCUAGUAAGUGUGCCCAGUUACAGUGAAAACUUUGUAUGUUUACUCAGAAAUUAAUCCUACUAUGUUCACUGAAGCUUACUUCUGGAUAUGCAUCAGAUUGUAGCCUUAAUGUCUGUUCUGCUCAUUACGUUCAGUUGAAUAUGAUUCAGAUCCAGAAGGCUUUGAAAAGUAUGUGGAUUUGGAGAGAGAUAAAGCAAAAAAAAAAAUUCCCCCAAAAAGCAUCUAGCAAGAUGCUUUUUGAGACCUUAGAUUCCAAGACCAGAUGUCAAGUAAAUUAAAAAGAGCCCUAUUUUCUAAAAUAAUUGUAUUUGGAGGUUCUUGUUUAAAUACCAAGCUCUGCUGAGAUGUUUCGUGCUAGAAGUAUUUGAACUUUUAGUUAACAGCAGUUAGCAACUUUUGAAACUUUGAGGACAAAUUUUUAUAUGUUCUUUAUUCCCUACCACCAUUAUCCCUUCCAUGCUAGCAUACACCACCACAGAAUAUGCUUUCUUGACUUUAUGGUGGCGUUGUAUACAUUGUAUAUGCAACAAGGGUUAAGUAUUGUGUCUGGCCCCCAGCUGGAAUGGACAAAAGGUACAUUUUACUAAAAUCCUUUCCAGUGUGAGAAGUGAGGGGCUGACCCUUUUGUGAGAAUAAAUCACAACUUUUUAAAAUAAUGUUGUUUUUUAGAAAAAGAAAAAAGAAAACUGCAUCAUGCUCUGAUUCUGAAAUGUUACUACUGUUUUAUAAAUAAAUGUAUAAAAUAAUGGACUGGAACAGAGAAAAAUCAUUAAAAUUUAUUUAUUUACAA